CGAGUAAGGGGGAGGAGAGAGAGAGAGAGAGAGAGAGGUUGCGGCGUGUGCCAUGAACAUUUUGGGGAGCUUCUGGAAAAUGCAAGAAGAGCAGCAAAAAAAAAAAAAGUCGAAAUUAUGAUGAAGGGAUGACGCUCACUGUGAGCUUUUGCAGCUGAUUUGCGGCUCCACGAUGCUCAGUGCGUAUUGCUCCGUUGCGUUCUGCGCGAGACCAAGAAGCGGGAGAGCCGCGCAUGGCUUGGACAGCUGCUGCCGGCAUGUUCGCCACUCCGCACACUGAAAAAAAGGUAAUUCCGACAAAAUACCUUUGUGGGAUUUGAUGCCGCUAUCGCCUCCUCUGGGGUUUUUUUUUUUCCCACCUCCUCCUUGCAUCAAACCGCGCGGAGCUGCUGCACGCAUGACGAUGAUGCACUGAAUUUUUGAUGUAAGCUCGUGUUUUCCCACCUUGCGACAAAAAAGAAGAAGACGGGAGGAAAAAUGCUCGAGUUCGACGGCAAGUGUGAGGAUGUGUGUGUCAUCGUUGCGGCACGCCGGCGAGCUCUCCAGCCCGAGGCGGGAACAAGUCACCUCAGCUGAAGAGGAGACACAAGCCCCGCGAGCGAGCCCGUGUUCAUGUUUGUGGGCCCCUCUGCCGAGGUCUCCCUGACGAACACCCACCGCCCCAAAUCUGCAAGCAAGCAUCCGAGUGCUUUUUUUUUUUUUUUUUCUAAAGUAGACUGCAGCCCUGAUGCAUCUUGUGAAAAGUCAGAGAGCCUUCUGUCAGGUUCGCAUCAGCAGACGGGAGACGGAGCAGACGGCAGCUCUGCAUGUGUCAUGUUAGAGGCUGGACUCUUGCCUGCACCCCCUCCCCCUGGAACUCUCAGACAAAAUCUUUAACCUGGGCCCACGGGAGAGAGAGAGACCCAUUCAGGUGGAGCGGCACCGAUUUCCAAGUGAACAUUUGUGAAGUGAAAGGUUCGACUCCCGACGUCAGCCCCCGGAAACCAGGGUCAGGAUGCAGGUGUCCUUCGCCUGCACCGAGCACAACCUCAAGAGUCGCAGCGAGGACCGACUUUGUGGCCUUCGCACCGCUCCGCCCCCGGGAGGCAGCAGCGGAGGAGUAGGAGGGGGUGGCGGCGGCGGUGGAGGAGGAGGAGGUGGCGGCGGCGGCGGAGGUGGUAGUGGCGGAGGAGCGGGCGGCGGAGGCGGCGGACAAGAGCGCAAUGGCAACUACGCCUCCCAAGGGUCGGUCAAGACCAGGGAGGGCCCCGGGUCGCGCCAGACCUCUCAGGGCCACGCGCACAUGAAGGAGGCCAUCGGGCGCCACACUAGUAUGAAGUACAGGAACCUCGGGAAGUCCGGCCUACGUGUUUCCUGCCUCGGCUUAGGGACAUGGGUGACGUUUGGAUCACAAAUAUCCGAUGAGAUGGCAGAGAACCUGAUGACCUUAGCGUAUGAGAAUGGGGUCAACCUGUUUGACACCGCAGAGGUUUACGCUUCCGGAAGGGCAGAGAUCACGCUGGGAAACAUAAUCAAGAAGAAAGGAUGGAGACGUUCAAGUUUUGUCAUUACAACAAAGAUCUACUGGGGAGGCCAAGCAGAAACAGAGAGAGGGCUCUCCAGAAAGCACAUCAUUGAAGGUUUAAGAGGAUCUUUAUCGAGGCUCCAGCUCGAUUACGUGGACAUUGUUUUUGCCAACAGAAAUGACGUCAACAGUCCGAUGGAAGAGAUCGUGCGGGCCAUGACGUUUGUCAUAAACCAGGGCAUGGCCAUGUACUGGGGCACCUCCCGCUGGAGCGCCAUGGAAAUCAUGGAAGCUUACUCGGUAGCCCGCCAGUUCAACUUGAUCCCGCCCGUGUGCGAGCAGGCCGAGUACCACUACUUCCAGAGGGAUAAAGUCGAGGUGCAGCUACCGGAGCUCUACCACAAGAUCGGUGUCGGAGCGAUGACCUGGUCACCGCUGGCGUGUGGAUUAAUCACCGGAAAGUACAGCGACGGCGUACCAGAGUGCUCCAGAGCAGCAAUGAAGGGCUACCAGUGGCUGAGGGAGCGAGUGAACAGUGAGGAGGGGAGAAGGCAGCUUGCUAAAAUCAAAGAGCUCCACCUACUGGCAGACAGGCUGGGAUGCACCGCCGCACAGUUGGCCAUCGCAUGGUGCCUUCGCAGUGAAGGCGUCAGCUCAGUACUUCUGGGGGUUUCAAACACAGACCAGCUACUGGAGAACCUGGGUGCACUGCGGAUUUUAUCCCAUAUGAACCCCCAAACAGUCACGGAGAUGGACGCCGUGCUGGGAAACAAGCCGCACUCAAAGAAGGAAUCUCGCGCGUGAACCUCGCACCUGUCCGAGCAAAAAGCAAGAAGAACGACCAAGAAGACAAAAAAGACUUUGCUUUUUCUCUGCCGUAUACUCAACAACUUGCAUGUUCUCAGCAACAUUAUGCUACCAGAAUGAGCGCAUUAAACCGUUGCGCGCAGUACAUUGUAUCAUGUAUGGGGGGAAGGGGGAAAAAAAAAUCUUGCAGUUGUUCAUCACAACAGAAACCGGUCAUAUUAAUACUCACUGAUUGGAAAAUGAUGUCCACAGUAGAGGAGGUCAGAGGUUAGAAGCGAGAGGUUGCAAAAAAAAAAAAAAAAAAGGACUUUGACUCCAAAAGCUAAAAUAUGCUGAGUCAAUGCGUGAGCUGCUUCCGGCUACAUUUUGACAGUCUGAACUAUGUCCCCAGCAACCGCAACGAGCAUCAAGAGGGACAGAAGUUGGUUCAAAUGUGUCAUGACCAACAUUUCCCAUAGUGUGCAUGCGACUGGUCUGGCAAGGAUUCACUGCUUUACCAAGUUGGCUCACUUGUGCGGUUAAAAAAAAAAUAAAGAAAUUAAAAAAUAAAAAUAAAAAUACAUCACAUGCUUUUUAGAAAUAGGCAGUUUACUCAGAGUUAUGAAAAAUGCACUAAGGACGUGAGAUUAUAGUUUACAAAGUUUGGCGAAGAAUGACUGCUCUUGAUGAAAGUGAAUGCAUUUCAAAAAGUAGCGGAAAGAUUCAAAUCUUUGCAUUAUCGUGUGUAGUUUCAUGUGUUUCUUUCACGGGGUCAAAGCGGGGUGGCUACCGUCAAAGUACGUUUUUCCAACCCUGUCGCAUCUCUUGGCAGUGUCUUUUUUUUUGCCUCAUCUGUUCCUCAACUGUGCGCAUGUCCCUUUAAGAGAGAAAAGCUCCAACAGGUUAUCAAAUAUGGCAUGGCUUUUAUCGGCGUGAUGUAGAUUUGCAGCACCCUUGAGAGCUGCACUUGACGGCAAAAAGGAUCAAAGAUCGAAAGCUCCAAGUGUGACAUUGAAGACAUGUCGAGUGCACGCAGAGGUCAUUUGUAAAAGUCGAGCUACGAUUCACACGGGGUGAGAUUGAGUAAAUAUAUGUUUGUUUGUUUUUUUAAUGGAAGCCUUUUACAGCUUCUUCAAACAUC